UGAAAGAUUAAAUAUGAUCUGUCAUGAAUAGUAUUUUGAAUUUCGUGAUUUAUUACUUUAUGUUACUAUCCUGUUUGGCAAUAAGCAUGAACAGUUCAGAUUUGGAUUUCAAAAUCGUUGGUGGCGCCCCGUGUCCAAUAGAAAUCUCAAAAUUCGCAGUUUUUCUUAAUAGAGAUAGGAAUUUAAAAUUCUGCGGUGGAUCACUUAUUACAUUUAAUAUGGUUUUGACGGCAGCCCAUUGUGUAGUGGAUCUCCAAAGGUCCCCGCAAUUGAUUACUGUAGUCGCGGGAGCUCAAUCCCCUGCAAGCCUUCACAUACAGAAGCGUAGAGGAAAACGAAUAAGCAUCCCCAGAGAAUACAAGAAGAAGGAUAAUGUAAUAGAUGUUGCUGUAAUUGAAGUCGAUGAAUCAUUUAAUAAGUCAGCAACUGUUGGCCUUGUAAAACUACCUAAAUCUAGGAUUUAUGAAAUAUGGAAAAAAUGCCCCUACAGUAUUGUUAUGGGAUGGGGUCGGCAAGAGGAAUAUAACCCAAAAAACCCGAAUUCAGAAUAUGAAAAAAAACCACGGAAUCCAAACUUGCAAUGCGUAACUCUUCAAUUAUUGCCACCCUUAGAUUGUAAUAAGUAUGUUACUAAGGGAAAUUAUUAUAUUCUCUGCGCGUGGUAUAAACCAGGAGGUAAAGACUCCUGCCUAGGAGAUGCUGGAGGACCAAUGAUAUGUGAUGGAACGCAAAUCGGAAUAGUGUCCGAUGGAUUUGGAUGCGCCCUAAGACAGAAACCUGGGUUUUACACGAGAGUUGAUGUUGUGAUCGAUUUCAUUGGAAGUGUAUUGAAUGUUGAAGGAAGAAGCAUCAAUAAUGGGGUUAAUAAUAUCAGAUCCAUUAGUAUUUUUCAUUUAUUAAUUUGUAUUAUCAUUUUAUCGAAAACACUUGUUGUAAUCGAAAUUAGAUGAAAUAUAAUAAUAUCUACUGUA